AUGGUCUACGAGAGACUAAACGACGUGCCCUGGUUUCCGAACCACGAUGUCCAGAUCGGCGUCACCGUUGGAUAUCUGAUUGCCCUGUCGCUGAUGUCCGUCAUGGUGUCUUCUCGCUUCCCGCUUGUCAAAACCAUCCGCGCCAUGAGCAGAUGGGAAAUGUCCUACUCUAAGAUCACCAUCCUCAUCGCUCUCGCUGCCAGCUGGUGCUACAUCUUUGUCGGAGGUGUGCUCAACCUCGGAGUUGGCUUGAGCCAAGGCAUCAGCGAGUGUUCGCGCGGCAUCUUCCUCUGCACCUGGUUCUACACCACGACUAAGCUUGGCGUCUACCUUUUUCUUAUGGAACGUGCCUUCAUCGUCCGCGGCGGUGGAAUCCGCCUUAAGUCUUGGCACUACCGCUUCAAUUUCCUCCUGAUGGCGUGCUGGCUCACCGUCUUCAUCCUGCUGGAGACUGGUCGCAUCUAUGAUCUUCGAGGGGAUGGUGUCUGUAUAUUUGGAUGGCAGUGGUGGGCCCUGAUCCCUCUCAUGUCCCUCGACGUCUUCGUCAACUUCUAUCUCCUCGCUAUGUUCGUCGUUCCCCUCUUCAGGAACCAGUUCACAAAUCCCAAGCUCCGCACGCUCGCCAUCAAGUCCAUGUGGACCUCUGUUGGCUCCGUCAUCGCCACCAUCUCCAACCUGGUGAUGUUGAUCAUGAUCGACGCCCCCGGCUGGCUCUGCCUAGCAUCCUGCGGCGUCGAUAUCUUCGCCAAUGCGAUGCUUCUCUUUUACAUGACGCGUACCCUCCAGAAGGACGACAAGGAAGCCAAGGCCACCUGGACUGUCGCCGCGUACCAGACCCCCGACUCUGAGCGGUUCGGCGACAGCAAGCGCAGCCGCCACAACACAAUCGACGACGACGACGAUGACGAUAACGACAACUUUGAGAUGCGCAACAUUAAAGGCGGAACCGUCUCUACUACCUGCGAGCAUCGCGUGAAGGGCAACCACUCCGAGCCCAGCAUCAGCGACUCGGAGAGUCAGCGCCACAUGGUCCCCGAAAACGGCAUCUAUGUCUCCCGUAAAGUUGAUUACGACUCAAACUUAAUGGUAUAG